UGAACCUCGCUGUCUGACAAGAGAAAGCAGGUAACCUUGCGGAAGAAUAAAGUCACCGUGAUCCGUGUGAAAAUGAAUAAUAAAUGCACAAUGAGUGAUUCAGAACAGCAACAAGAGGCUGAAAAGGUGUCUCAGCUUCAGUGGCCUGAGAAUGGAGAAGACUGGAGCGAUGGAGAGGAUGGGACGAAUAUGGACUGUGGGCUUUUGCAGGCCAUGGCUGAGGAAGAUGAGGAGAUAAACAUCUACAACGAGGAGACGUUUGGAAUGGAUCUCAAUGCACACAAGACCACAGAGGACACUAGCAACGGUCUCCUUCAGUUUCGAGAGCCAUCGCCUCCACCGUUAACACCACCCCCCCCACCAGACCCCAAACCAUCAUCCCGCCACAGCUCCCUCUCCCCUCCCAGACACAGGCCACAGUAUCUGCCCCGAGCUCCCCCAGGCCAGUGUGGCAGAGGUAGGGGACAGAGAGGAGGGCUGGGCAGGGGGCAGAUGUUUGAAGACCCAGCUGUGAUGAGGACAGUGGAGGGGCGACCAAGCCUCAAGAGUCUUGACAGUGCCAUAGUGGAUUGUGGAAUUGCCGUGCACCAGAAAACCUUUGAGGACGAUUAUAUGGCACCGUCUUCCAGAAAGAUUACAAGAAUCUCAGGAUCAAUACUUCAGGACAGUGCUAUAGUGUGUGUGAUUGAUGGUCACAGAGGCAGAGGUCAGCACCCAACCUCCAACUUCGUGGAUUUGCCGUAUCCUGUCUCUCCCUUUAGGGACAGGAGAGGGGAACCCAGAGGCUCCUACUCCAGAAGAACCUUUGGCCAAAGAAGCCCCUCUCAGAUGCAUGCAUCCAUUGUACCAGGAUCACCCAUUUUCUCACGUCAGCCGUUAACCCCACGGCAACAUUACAAUCAGACAGGGGGCUUCAGGUUUCCUAUGAACCGGCCUUGCCCCUCCACCCCUCAGUCUUUCACUCCUAAGAUGAUGCAACUUCGCUUUGGUGCCAACUCACCAAGGCCGUCCUCCUUUUACAGCCCCUCGUCUAAUCCAUUGCAGCAUUUCAGGUACCCGGGUCCUGUCACCCAGCUCCACCCACAACAUAAACGACUACUUAGUCAAAAACAACGCAUAUUCCAAAGAAAACCAGAGGACUGGGAUCCUUACUGUAAUUUUAUGACGGCCAAAGAGAAGGAGUGGAUCACCAAACUGCAGAUGAUUCAGUUGCAAAGUGAGAAUCCAUACCAUGAGGACUACUAUUACCAGGAGUACUAUCGACGAAUAGAAGCUAAGAUGGCAGAGGAGGAGCUUGGCAUUAGGAGCAGGAGGGAGCCACCCAAGCUCACCACACCUUACAUCACGAAAACUGACGCUUACGACCCAGUGGUGCACAUUGAGGGCUCUCUGGGUCAAGUUGCUGUAUCCACCUGUUACUCUCCUCGCCGUGCCAUCAGCGCAGUUAAUGCAGUUCAGGCUCAGGGUCCACUUGAGGAACAGAAAUGCAUCCAACAACAGCGGUUAGAAGUCCUCAGCAAAAUUGAAAAGUUGUUCAUGGUUCUGUUGGAGGUCGAGGAGACGGAGAGGAUGAAAACCACAGUCUUGUCUGAAGCAGAAGAAAGAAGGUUGACUGAGAAGUCACAGAAGAAAGUGGAGCACAUCUACUUCCAGCUUCAACAUCACAAUCCCCUAGAUUCUGGAGUGGAGUUUCUUCCUUUCCUGCUCGUCUCAAAAGGCAAAAAGCUUCUCGCCCGUCUGCUCCCAUUUCUGAAACAUGAUACUACACUGAAAAUCUUGAGCGUUGUGACGUCUAACCUUCCCACGCUGAUGAGCAGAGAUCCAGAAGAGGACCUGCCAGUGCUUUACCCGCCUCUUCGAAAUGCAAUUGGUGGGCUGACGUUCAGUCAGCUAAUUGGUGUCCUUAAAGAUUUGACAUCAUCUGAGUCUUUGACGACAUACGAGUCUCUCACGCUGGCAUGUCAGAAUAAGUUUGGACUGUCCUUGCUGUAUGCUCUUCUCUCCCAAGGAGAGAAGCUUCUGUCCUCAGGUGUUCCUCUUGAGCCCAGCAUCGGCGACUUUGAGGCCUGGACCGACACAAUAUUCCAGGUGGCGGGACAGCUCUCCCAAUGUUCACUGGUGGAGCCACUGCUUCUGCCCUCAAACCUGCUCACUCUGUUCUGCCGUUACCUGGACAAGCGCACUGUGCAUCAGCUAAAAAGCAACAUUGAGUCUACAACCGGAUUCCUGGCUCUUCCAUCUUAAGGUGGACAUAAGCUAACGAGACGCCUAGCUAAUGACCAGGUUGUAUUGAGCACUAGAGUUGAAGGAGCAGAAGCAUAGCCCUGGAAAAAAAACAACUCCUCAGUGUUAAUUAGUAACAAAAUAAUGUAUUGUACAAAAUGUUCUUCCCCCCCCCCUCAUCCCUUCACAUUUUUGCACACAAACUGUUUCUCUUUUUUUAAUUUCCUUUUUUUUACCUGAUCCUUUUACUUUCCUCCCUUUGGUCUUCAGUAGGUUACGUCAGUGCAAGUUAUUCUGAAAAUCACAGACCUGAUUUCUUUU